AUGACGGCUAUCGAUAUGCUUGAACGGAUUGCGAAAAGUUCAAACGCGCCCUUCAGCACCGCCUUACCAGCCGAUUGCCCGCGCCAUUCUACCGCCUCUGGCCUUUCGCAUCCUUUACCGCCACGACUUCGUCGUAUUUCCAACCGAUCUGCUCCUCCUGCGCCCGGCCACGCUUUCGAAGCUGAUACUAUGGGUGGUGGCCACGAUCACAACAGCAGGGGUGCCUACCCUGUCUACGCCGACAAGCCGGUCGGCGUAGCAAAGACGAGCAUCCUUCAAGGCCGAAUCGAGCCCUUUUAUAAGCCUGGACAAUAUGAAAAGGUCAAUCUCUUGGCCAACAUGUACAAUGCCCGCUACUCGGGUGAACCCAACGUCAAGCUCGCCGUAUGGUCUGCUCCUGGCCAGGACCGUCCCUCAUUCCAGGAAGCUGUAUCCCACGAGUUCAAGAAAGCUCAUAUUGGUGAUGCUUUCGGCCCCUCUUGGACCACGCAUUGGUUCCACGUCACAAUCACCAUUCCUCAGGCACUCCACGACGAGGAGUUUGUCAUUCUCGAAUGGGAUGCCAACAAUGAAGGCAUGAUAUGGAAUGACGAUGGAAUGCCCCUCCAGGGCCUCACUGGAAACGGUGAUCGUAUCGAGUGGGUCAUCCCGGACGAGUUUCGCGACGGCAAGGAGCAUGUCAUUUACAUUGAGAUGGCCUGCAAUGGCAUGUUUGGCAACGCCCCCAACGGUACCAACGACAACACACCCCCUGAUCCCAACAGAUACUUUACUAUUUCCAAAGCCAACAUUGCUGCCGUCAACUAUCAGGCCCGCAUGCUUCUAUUUGACAUCUGGCAGAUUGGUGAUGCUGCCCGCGAGCUCCCCGGUGACUCGGCUGAACAGAACAAGGCUUUGGCUGUCGCCAUGAAGAUUAUUGAUACUUUCCAGGUCGAUAACCAGGACUCUAUUCUCAAGUGCCGCAAGAUUGCUCAACAAGUCGUCGGCCCCGAUGUCGACUCUCACCGCGUCUACGAGGUGGGCAAGGAACCCACCGUUUUCGGCAUCGGCCACUGCCACAUUGACAGCUGCUGGCUCUGGCCUUUUGCCGAGACUAAACGCAAAGUUGCCCGAUCUUGGUCCAGCCAGUGCGAUCUCAUGGAUCGCUACCCCGAAGCUCACUUUGCCUGCUCCCAGGCCCAGCAGUUCAAAUGGCUAAAGACUCUCUACCCUCGCGCCUUUGAACGUGUCAAGGCCAAGGUUAGGGAGGGCCAGUUCCAUCCUAUCGGUGGUAGCUGGGUUGAGCACGACACCAAUAUGCCCAGCGGCGAAUCACUCCUCCGCCAAUUCUUUUACGGCCAACGCUUCUUCGAGUCCGAGUUUGGCUCUCGCAGCCGCACCUUUUGGUUGCCCGAUACCUUUGGCUACUCCAGCCAACUGCCACAGCUCUGCCGCCUUGCCGGCAUGGACCGCUUCAUGACCCAAAAGCUAAGUUGGAACAACAUCAACACUUUCCCACACACCACAUUCAUGUGGGUCAGCCCAGACGGGAGCCAAGUCAUCUGCCACAUGCCUCCCUCGGAGACGUACACCUCCGAGGCCAACUUGAGCGACCUUCGCAAGAGCAUCUCCAAGCACAAGACGAUGCGCACAGACAGCUCUUCGCUCCUCGUCUUCGGCAAGGGUGAUGGUGGUGGUGGUCCCACCUGGCAACACCUCGAGAAGCUGCGCCGUUGCGCCGGCAUCAGCAACACCAUUGGCGGCAUUCCCAAGCUCAAGCUUGGUCUUUCUGUCGACGACUUUUUUGAUCGCCUCACGGCAAAGGCCGAUGAUUUCCCCACAUGGUACGGCGAGCUGUACUUUGAGCUCCAUCGCGGCACCUACACCACACAGGCCAACAACAAGUACUACAACCGCAAGGCCGAGGUCAUGCUUCGCGAUAUCGAACAGCUCGCCACCAUUGCCUCCAUUAAGAACAAGUCCUACAAGUAUCCUACCGAAGAUAUUGAUGACAUGUGGGAGACGGUCCUGCUCUGCCAGUUCCACGACUGCCUUCCCGGCAGCUCCAUCGAGAUGUGCUAUGACGACACUGACAAGCUCUACGCUGAAGUUUUCAAGACUGGUCACACUCUUUUGAAGGAGAUUUACCAGAGCCUCAACAUCUCCGAUGUUCGUUCUCUAUCUGCCCACGAGACCGUCGUUCUCAACACUCUACCCUGGCACCGUAAGGAAAUUGUCGAGAUUUCUGAGACUGAAGUUGGCGUCGCCUGUGGAGAUGGCCAGCUGCUUCCCGUCCGCGCCUUUAAGACCCAGGGAACUGAACCUGCCGUUACCCUCCGCCAAGUCUCCAAGGAUCAAUUCGUCCUCCAGAACGAGCACUUUCGGGUGGAAGUCGAGGGUGGCUGCAUCACGUCUCUCCAUGAUCGCCUCAACGACCGCGAGAUUGUCGAGAAGGGCGGCAAGGCAAACAAGUAUGUCAUUUUUGAUGAUAUCCCUAUCUACUGGGACGCCUGGGAUGUCGAGGUUUAUCAUCUCAAUACCAAAAAGAACUUGCAAUAUGGCGAGACUCGCGUCCACGAAAUCAAGCCUCACCGGGUGACGCUGGUAACGGACAUUCAGAUUAGCAAGGAAAGCUCCAUCAAGGCCUACAUUAGCCUCUCCGCUUCACUCAAAGGACAGCCCUCGUGGAUUGAGUGCUCAGCCGAGGUUGACUGGCAUGAAAGUUCCAAAUUCCUCAAAGUCGAGUUUCCCGUCAACAUUGUCAACAAUGAGGCCUCUUAUGAGACUGCAUACAGUAUCACCAAGCGUCCCACCCACUACAACACCAGCUGGGAUAUGGCCAAGUUUGAGGUUUGCUGCCACAGGUUUGCCGAUUUGUCGGAGCACAACUAUGGUGUUUCGAUUCUCAAUGACAGCAAAUACGGCUUUGCCACGGCGGGCAAGGUGAUGCGCCUGUCUCUUCUGCGCUCGCCCAAAUCGCCUGAUGAGCAUGCUGACAUGGGCAAACAUUCUAUUCGCUGGGCCAUCUUCCCUCACAAGGGUGCACUCUCCUCAGCCACCGUUCGAGCCGGCUAUGCUUUCAACACGCCCCUUAAAGUCCUCUCGGCGCCCAAGGCCGCUGUCGACAACCUUGGCAGCGCCCCGAUCAGACUGGUUAAUGUCGAUGAGUCUGCUUCGCUGAUCUUGGAUACCAUCAAACGCGGUCACGAUGAUGAGGAUGUGAGCCGCCGCCAGGGUCUUUGCGUCAACCCCGGAAAGAGCGUCAUUGUCAGGGUGUACGAGUCGCUCGGUGGUCACAGUCGAGGCACUAUUGAGUCGACUUUUGAUGUCAAGCGCGUGUCCAAGUGCAACCUUCUCGAGGACGAAGGCGACGACGUGUCUUUUAGCGGCGGCAAGUUUGCAAUUAAAUUGCGACCGUUUGAGGUGGCCACCUUUAAGCUUCAGCUGUAG